UCGCUUUGAAGGGUCAGCCUUUGGAUGUUGUGCGGCUCUUCCGUUUUCAUGGGUGGUGUAUGCCGGGGCGGCGGCUCCGGGAUCUUUAGUUGAGAGCCGAGGCGGCGGCCUCGGGCAGCGGUGCGACGGUGGCCCCAGGAGGUAGGGCUGUUUGUCGGCAUGGCUUGGGUGAGGACCUUGAGCUGCGUGGGCAGCAAGGUUGUCGGCUCGGUCGACGCGUCCCAGCGGGGGCGGUUGGACGGCAUGUCGGGGCGGCGGCCCCGGAUGUGGUGCGGCGUUCGUGGUCUGCGUGCGGUUGUCCUGAGCAGUGCGGGCUGCGGACUGCUGUAUCAUACGGCGUUGUUGCUCGAGGGUGAGCGGUGGCAUGUCGGGGCGGCGGCCCAGGAUGUGGUGCGGCGUUCGUGGUCUGCGUGCGGUUGUCCUGAGCAGUGUGGGCUGCGGGCUGCUGUAUCGUGCGACGUUGCUGCUCGAGAGUGAGCGGUGGCAUGUCAGGGCGGCGGCCCCGGAAGGCGGUGUUGGUUGAGUGCGUAGGGCGCAACGGAGCAGUGGAUGUCGAGGCGGCGGCCUCGGGAGAUUUGCAGCUUCGAGGGCAUGGACCUCGUGUCGUGUGGGCGACGUGGUUGUCAUCGGAGUUGGUCAUGGGUGGGCUUUGCCCUGUGUGUUAGUCUUUGGGGUGUGCUGGGUCCUUGUUGUUCGGGUUUUCGCCCGGUUUUCCGUAAUUAACUGGGCAAUUCUCUUCUGCUUAAUUAAUAGAUAAGGCAAUCUUUGCCUCCGUUUUGAAAAAAAAAACAAAUGUGCUUUGUUUCUUUAGAGUAAACUGAGCUUCUCAUCGCAGUUUGCAGGCCCCUCGUGGUCUCAAGCCGAGUAGGAGGACUGUCGUCAAAUCAGGCAGCGUACCUACUGCGCCCCUGUUUCGCCAUAGACCUGUUUAGUCUAGUUUAUAUUAGUACCAGAGGAGAGAUCCAUGGAGCCAACCAGCUGCGGAACCACAAAACCGGAAGCCCAGAAUGUCGAAUAAUCGGAUGUGACAUGUUUACAAAGGUAUUCCUACUGAAGAAAAUCGACGGGAUGGUGGGAAAAAGAAGUGGAGAAAUGAAUAAUUAUUGCACGGUUGGUCGACACAACUGAGAGCCGACUCUUGAUUCUGCUCGCCGGAAUAGUGCAUCAGUAGUGCGGGCGGCCAUGGACCAUCAGCAAGGCUCCACCACCACGCGCCCCGGUUUUGAUUUGCCCGUUCAGCGAGCUGAUUAGCAACUUGCUUACUGUGUUGUGUUUCGACGUCCGUCCGCAAGCACCAUAUAUACCUAGGCCUUUCCCUCCUUUCUUCACACAACUCGCUCGCUCUCCUCUUCCUCCCUCUCCUCGCAACAGCAGCAAGCAAGCGGUUUCAGUAGCUUGCUCCUUCUUCUUCACAGCUUUGAUCGGAACUCGCCAACACACCCACAAUGGCGGCUUCAGUAGCUUGCUCCUUCUUCGACGACGACGAGCCGCUCGGCCAGCCCGGCAUGCCGUCUCUGGACGCGUGCGCGCUCUGCGCCAAGCCGCUGGAGCGCGACAGCGACAUCUUCAUGUACAGAGGGGAUACGCCCUUCUGCAGCGAGGAGUGCCGCGACGAGCAGAUGCAGCUCGACGCCAUCUGCUCCAGGAAGGCCGCCCGGAGGCAGCAGCACCUCUCGUCGGGAUCGGAGGCCCGGCGCUGGCAUCAAGAGUCCGGGAAGGUGGCGGUCGCGAGCUAGCCAGAAAGCUCGUGCCUCGUGGCCCAGUAGAGCAGAGAACCCGGCUUGAAUCAACGGGAUGAGACGAAAGAGAUUGAUGUCUCUAGUUUGUCACGCCUGAGCCGGAGAAGCAGUGAAGAAUCUGAGAAAGAUCAUGCGCUGAGGCUCCGGCCAUCUUGGUCGCCCACUCGAUUCAUCCUUCUCCUGGCUCCUUGUGAGCCCUGGUUGAUGCAACACCAUAUACAAAUUGGAAAUCCCCAUUUCAACA